AUGGCAGCUGACCUUCAAGAGCAAGAAGUCGAGGCUGUUCUCCAGCUGAGAAAGCAGCAAGCCAACCUUGAAUGCGAACUUGAGAAACAAGGGAAAUGUAUGCCUGCUCUGCGAGACCGACAUGGUGAAACACUAGACUCAGUCUACACCUAUAUCGAAUGGCUGAGCGAUGCGCUGUAUGAGACCUAUUGCCAUGAAAUCCAUGGACCACGCCUGCGAGUGUAUCGAGACCAUACAAGACGAGAUGGAACACAAAGUGCCAGCUUUGGUUGA